GCGCCGUGCCGAGGCGCUCCAGCGGGAUCUCACUGAACCCGAGCGUCGGGGACUGGAGGUGGGCCGUUUCGGCAGGAGUCUCAGCAUCCUCAACAUCCUCAGCCGGAUGGACGCCAGUUUGGUCCUUGCCAUGCUGAACCAAGCCGGGGGUCCACCACCUUCUCCUCGAAUGAAAGGAGCAGUGUGGGCAGCCUCAUCCAGCGCUCGAGGGUAUCAGGUGCAGCCAGUCACUGGUAUUUUGCCAACAUCUGCCUGCCUGGUUUGCACAUUGUCUCCCGGAUGCGGAGGGACUACCGCGCCGCACUGCGUGACGGUGAGGCUCUGGCGGACAGGCUGGAAGCAGCAACAUCGACAAAUAUCGACCCACAAUUGGCCAAGACUUUCCUGGGAAGCGAAGGUUCUGACUGGGGCGAAGAGGUUCGUCAAGGGGGCUCUGAGCACAGGCCACUCCUUUGACGAGGCAAUCCGCACGGCGCUGGCAAGCAGCUUGUCAGGCCAAUCUUCUUCCGCCGCCGAGGUCAGCAACUGCUCGAAGAUGCAAGGCUCGAAGCGCCGACGGGCGCGUGCAGGGGGAGCCGGCAAGGAGCCGGAGGCCCUCUUUCUGCGCUUCUAUGCCGCAGUGCAGCUGGGAGGAGGAUUUAACUCCCUCUUGCGCUCCCCGUGCUGCUGGGAUCUGGAUUCAGCCCUAGCUGCCAGGAGACGCCUCCUGAUGGCUCUGGAUUGCCAGGGCCAGCCACCCCUUGCUGCACGACGCUUGCGGUCUCUGCCGCACCGCGUUUAUGCGGAAGUUCUGGAGCGCCUCCGCUUGGCGCACGAAGCGCUCUAUAUGGAGCAGGAUUCUGUCGCCGCAGCUGCGACCGCUGCCGCACGCAACUUCAAGCGUGUGUCGCAAGCGCUGCUGCAGUACAGGGACGACCUCUGGCGAAGGGAGCUGCGCCGUGCACUCCGCCGCCGACGCACCGCACAGGUACCUGCAGCCAGCCGAGGGCCCAGCUGGCGACCCUGUGCCGGUGAGGGCGUGAGCCGAAUCUUCGCCCGCAAAUCCGGACAUGCAAGAUGCAUGCCUGGAGCAGAUGCGCACUCUGGACCUCCACACAAGCGAUUCCGAUCUGGCACCGACCGGCUGUGA